GGUGGGGGUAGCAGAGUACGCGCAGUCGAGCGACGCUCCCUCUGGCGAGUGUCCGCGAGCAGUCGAGCCGUGUGCCGCGUCGCGGUAGCGUCGAAGAGCGUCGUAGAGCGUCGUUUGGUGCGCGUCACGCGUGUCCCUUCGUCGUCGUGCGCGAGGAUGACGCCUUCCUCGAUCUCGCGAUUAUGAGAGCGCCGGGGCGAGCAUAGUCUCGUCAACGUUCUUUCGUGCUUUUUUGUGGUGAAACGAGAAAUAUAUAUAUAUAUAUUUAUAUAUAUGUAUAUAUAUAUAUAUAUACAUAUAUACAUUUCGAAAAGAAAUAUUUCGAAUAGAGAGAAGAACGAAACCGAUAGAAAACGGUAGACGGUGUGUCGUGUAUUUUCUUUUUUCUUCGUCUUCGUCGUCGUGUCGUCGUCGUCUCGUGAUCGUCGGUGAACGUUCUUCUACGCGACCGCGUGACCUCGUCGCUGUUCUCUUCGUACUCCGAAGGGGAGAAAAAGAGAAAGAAACAAAGAAGAAGAAGAAGAAGAAGAAGAAGAAGAAGAAGAAGAAGAAGAAGUAGAAGAAUAAUAAUAGAGAGGAAAAUAAAAAGUUUACGUUACGAAAAAGAAGAAGAAGAAGAAGAAGAAGAAGAAGAAGAAAAACAACAACAACAAGAACAAGAACAAGAACAAGAAGAAGGUAAAAGGGUGACCGAGCAAAAGAAGCUCGCGCGUCCUUUCUUCUUCUUCGUCCUGUCAGUGACCUUGGUUUCCCCGUCACCAAGGCAAGGAAUAGUUUCGACGACGAGAACCGAGCGCUCCGUCCAAAGGAUAUCGUUUUUCUCUCUCUCGGUAGGCGUCUCUCGCUGGGAAGGUCAACGUGCGGCCGUCGUCGUUGCCGCAGCAGACAACUGAACGCCCGUUAAUUGUUAUUGUCGUCUCUUUCUCUCUUUCUUUAUCUAUUUUUCCAUUCCCUUUCUCUAUCUUUUUACUCUCUCUCUCUCUCUCUCUCUUUAUCUAUCUCUCUUUUUCUCUUUCUCUCUUUCGUUCGAUUUGACGCGCAAAGUGAAAGCGACGACGGAAGGUAGAAAAGAGAUUCGCGAGUCUAAGGAGAAAGGGAGCCGGUUCGAAGAAAAGAAUUCUCUUGGCUUCCUCGCGUUCCACGCCGCUUCUCUUCUUUACCCUCCUCCUUCUCUCCUCCUCCUCCUCCUCCUCCUCCUCUUCGUCGUCGUCGUCGUCCUCGUCGUCGAGACGCGUGAGCUUGCAAUGCCGCGAGGACGUCGAGCACUCUAACCGGUCCUCGGCUACUCGGCCCUGCCGACUCGCGUUGCUGCUUCGACCUCAAAAAUUCGAACCACCUACCUCCUUCUCCCUACCCUUCGUUCUCAUCCUCAUCCUCAUCCUCAUCUUCAUCCUCGUCCUCAUCCUUCUCAUUCUACCUUUUCGCGUCUUUGUCUUUCAAACCGAUUACCUCGCGAACGCCCACCUCGCGGGAACCUCGUCGAAUAUUCUUAUGCCACGAGGAUCGAUUUAUCUCGUAUAUUUUUUAUUUCGAAUAAAGUUAAAAAUCGAUCGUUAACUUUUACACAUUUUUCAUUUCUUUUCUUUCUUUUUCUUCUUUUCUUUUUUCAUUCUCUCUCUCUCUCUCUCUUUCUCUUUCUUUCUCGUUCUUUUUUUUUCAUUUUUUGUUUUGUUUUACUUUGAUCGGUUGAUCUCCCUCUCUCUCUCUUUCUCUCUCUCUCUCUCUCUCUCUCUCUCUCUCUCUCUCUCUCUUUCAUUUACGUAGUAGUACGUUUCAAACGACAAAAGCGAGCCACGACGCGAUCGACGCUUUUCCCUUUUUAUACACCGCGAGAGACCGUGGAAUCGACCCAACGGCGUCGCGACGGUGGGCUGCGGCGACGACACCUGUAGAGAGUUACUACACGCCGUGUACAGGGAAAGGGAGAAGGACGCAGGCGGUACGAACGCCGCAAGUAGAAAAAACAGCUCGAUUUUUACGAAUAUAACUUGACGCACGUACCUAUAAUAAUAUAUAUACAUACAUACAUGCAUAUAUAUGUAUAUGUAUAUAUAGCUUUGUACGAAUGUUACACGUAUCUGUAUAAAUACGUUUGUUGUAAACAAGUAGAGUAAAAAGAAAGAGAAAAACGAUUCUCUGAAAAUGACGAGAAAUACGAGGUCAUAUAAAAGUUAAGUAUAAACCGACAAAGAGAGAGAAAGAAAGAAAACAGAGAGAGAGAGAGAGAGAGAGAGAGAAACAGAAAGAAAGACAAAGAAAGACAGAUAAAAGAACGCAGAGACAAGAAAUUCAAGGAUAAACUCCGAAUAAGUAAACAAGAAAUAUAAUUUAAAAGGAGAUACGCAGAAGAUAGAAGAAACAUGACGAUGGCUAGCAACAUCGUGGUCGAGUGGCUGCGUUCGCUCCAUCUCGGCCAAUAUUCCGAAUCGUUCAUCGACAAUGGUUACGACGAUCUCGAAAUUUGCAAGCAAAUCGGCGAUCCCGAUCUAGAUGCGAUCGGUGUUUUCAAUCAAACGCAUCGUGCACGUUUACUCCAAUCGGUGAAAACGUUAAGGGAGGAGGGCGCAGCAAGCGUUUAUUUCACGUUGGAAGAAACGAACGAGUGUCUUUGCGAUAAUGUCAGCUCGAAAUCGUCUAGAACAUCUUCGGAAAGGCCACCAAGCGACAAGGAUGUACAAAGAGCAUCACCAACGGCUAGUUCUUCGAGCGGUGGUCAAGAAUUAACAAAGUUUGCGGAUGAAUACGAAGAAGGGAAGGCCGAACUCGUCAGGAUCCCUCGGAUGCAACUUAGGAUGCUGCUGCAAGAGAAACUCAGGCAUGACGGCAUCAGACUCGCUUGUCAACCUUAUACCACACCGGAAGGCGAGAGGGGAUACUUGGAGGGACUAGCUUCAAGGUAUGCAGACCUCUUCAGAACGCAUUACGGAGAUGUCCUGGAGCCGCUUGAGGAGCUACGCCGACGCGAAACAAAUGCUUCCCCCAGAAUGCCCAACACUCAGCUUACCACCAGUCAUUCACAGCCCAUUUACGUGCCUGGAAAAUACUCGCCAUCGAGCUGCCUCAGUGAUAAGGAAGAAGACGAGAUCUAUGGCUUCGGUUACGGUGUCUUCAGUAGACAAAUGCUUCAACAUCGUCAACAAAAACUUGCGCUCGCCACGCAGAACUCGGCCGCCAUGACACCGGCUGGGCAUCCACAACCCUACCAAAGCUGUCUGAGCCCGAGAUCAGCAUUUUUCUACGAAUUUCCACCUAAUGAGCAAGGACAAAACACGAGUAAAAAGAAGACGACGUUCUCAAGGUUAUUGAGAGGUUUGAAAACACACAAGAAGGAGAAGCAAGGUCAAACGCAAGGCUCUCCGAGACACGGUCGUGCGAGAAUAGGAGUACCACAGAGAGUCGAUACGCCGGACAGCGUCCUUCAGAGUGGAUUAGGUCCAGGACCAGAUAUGGGUCACACGAUAUUACGUUCGAUGGUAGACCCGCGAGAUUACGACCGACUGAGGUAUUUGCAAAUGAAUGGAGGUCAGCCAAAUAGCUUUGAAGAGACUAUAAAUAGGUUGAAGGUUCAAGAAGCAUUGAGGCAAAAAGAACGAUUUCACAAAGAACACGAAGAGAUAUUGAGAGAUAUCAGACAUGGUUUGAUGCAGUUAGGACGAGAUGGACGUGGUCAGGUCACAGGAGAUGACACCUACAUGUACGACGAAGAUGCGCGAUGUGGAGGUACCGGUGGUUUAGGUGGUGGUUUAGGGGGUCAACAUUGGUACGAUGAACCACCAUACGAAUCGGACCCCGAUGAUUUUCUUAUGGGAGCCAGUGGAGGUCCCGUGCCUACGGCUACCAUUCAAAAUGGAAGAGUAUGCUUUACAUUGAAUCCAAGACCCGAAAAUAGAGGCGAAGGAGUGAUUUCCUUGAGAACAGCCGGUGACAUCAGUCUACCACGUGAACGUUCCAAAGGAGCAGCUUCGACGAUGCGAGGAUUGAUCGUACCUCAAGGACAUAACAAUCCACCCACGAUUAUACCUUUAACGCACUCCAGGGCUUCACGAGAGAGUGGAGAUUACGCGAGCAGUGACGUUCAAUCGGAGGCGAGUGCUCUAUUGGACGAAGAAACUAAAACUGGGGUAGGUGGACGUGCAAGAAAUCUCAGACACGACGUACAAACGAAGAUCUCAAGGCUUCGCCAGGAUCGAGCGUCCUCCGAGGCCUUUCCUUGUAGCGCCAGUAGCGUCGAGAGUCUUCCGAGCGGAAGUGGUUCUAGCACGCAAGCUUUGGUACGAGCGGGAAGUAAUCACAGCUCGAUAUCGUGCGAAGAAAGAGACGCCAUAAGCCCGACGUCCAUCGGCCCUGUACUUUGCAGGGCGAGAGCCUUGGUCGAUUACACACCUAGUCCUUACGAUAAGGACGCGCUCAAAUUUAAGAAAGGUGACAUCAUCGACGUGGUACAGAUGAACAAAAGUGGUCUUUGGAAAGGUGUCGUUCACAACAGGAUAGGACACUUCAAAUUCAUCAACGUAGAGAUACUGAACGACCGAGUACCAAGACGCGGUGACUCGGAACGUAGUAGCAAGUGGGGUCAGAGAUACAGGCAAAAGCCCGGAUCGGUUCAAGAGCUCUUGCAAAGAAUGAAUCUUCAGGAACACAUUUCCGUUUUCGUGCUGAACGGUUACGAGGAUUUGGAGCUGUUCAGGGAAAUAGAGCCAGCGGAUCUCGAUUAUUUGAGUAUACAUCAGCCGGAGCACCGUGCCAAGAUACUUACGGCCGUACAACUAUUGCACGACCUUCAGUCUGGUAGCGAAGGAGAUCUAGCGUCGAGUUCGGAAGGAGACGAGGUUAGCAGAUUAGUUCUUCAUUCUGGACAAACGUCCGGUCAUUGUUCUCCCUUCAAUCGACGUCAAUUCCCAAGGGAUUCUGGUUGCUACGAUGCGCAUAAAAAUCCAACGAGUCGUCGAAACGUCAGUCCUGAAUCAUCGAUGGCGACUAAGAUAUCCAGAGAGAAUAAUCUCGACAGUAGUGCUCAAAGUAAGAUAGCAGCUGGCAACGUUACCGGCGAGGGUAAUGCAUUGACAGACGUUAAGGAUGACUUUCAUCCUAAUAUACCUAUCGGUGGAUCGCUUUUAACGCAAAAGGAAGGACAAUUCGAUAAAUCUCCUUUGUUACGCGGCGGUAGCGCUAGAGCAAUAGGAAAGAGAAGUAAUUUUGGAGAAACUGUUGUGAUCGAGGAAGCAUGCGAAGGUAAUCAAAAGCUUGGUAUGGUCAAAUACGUUGUCGGUGGUAACACCGAUCUUGGACUCGAAGCUGCUCGUGACGUAGCCACGGCUUUGAGUCAACGCGGUUGUUUAAGCGAGAAAUCAAGCGAUUCUGGCGUAAGUUCGUCUAGCAUUAGCUCGGCACCUCCACCAAGAGACAAAUCGUUAGCUACCGGUACCGGACCCUCCCAAACAUCGGUUUCACCUACCAAAAAUCAAUUCGGUAAUUUCACGAGAACACCGGCUACCACUCAAACAGCCGCCAAGACACAAGGAAACGCUAGCUCCGAAUAUCCGUGAGUUAUAGACGAGAAAUGGCGAAAUUAUUCGCUUAAAUGGCAUCGACCUUGAAAUAAUCCGAUGGAAAUCUUUCAAGAAAAUUAUUCGAAGGAACCUUUUAACGCUUCUCCGGAGAAAUAAAAUAGCUUUACAAGCCAGACGUGAGAAUAAUACUCGAACGGACGAAUGAACUUGCUCCUUUUGGCUGCUUCUUUUAAGUAUACUUUCCGCUCGAAUCGAGUUAGAUAUAUAUUAUAUAUAUAUCGAUAAGAAGAACAAAAGGUUAAAAAAAGGAGAGGGAGGAUCGAACCUUUAACAUUCUUUCGUUUCAGUCGAGACCAUUGCUAUAGCGAUAUUUUCCAACUUUCUUCGUCGCCGUUCUAUCCUUCGAGAAUAUUUCUAGACAACACGGAAUUAUACUUGAUAUACAUAUAUACAUAUACAUAUUAUGUAUAUAUGUAUGUAUGUAUAUAUAUAUAUACACACGUACACACAUCGAUGACAACGUGAAACUUCUUAAAUCCGAAUUUUCAUCGUGCGACGAUACGCCUAUCGAGAAUCUUUCGAAAAGCACAUACAAAAGGACUUAACGAGAUUCUCUUCAACGAUAAAAGAUACGUAGGAACUCGAGUUAUGUACGAGCAUUCCCUCGAUAGCCUUUACCAUUUUCGCCAAUAUAUUUGUAUUGCCUUGUGCCGACUUCAAACGUACGUAUAUACUUGAGGGCAUGCAGCAAGAAAAAGAAAACAAAGAGAAAGAUAUAUAUAUAUAUACAGACACACACACAUAUAUAUAUAUAUAGACAUUAUACAUAUAUCUCACUGCCGGCCAGCGUACGAUAUCGUAAGAAUACUCCGAUUUAUGGCGUUGCUCUUAGACCGAGAAAAUAAUCUUACGCGGCGAACGACGGUCGUGUAACAAUAAACAAACAUUAUGUGAUACGGUAGCAAUAUACGGAUCGAUUUAACGAAUAAGUAGAUAGAAAUGAUUUCCGAAUGAAUAAUACGAGCAAUCUUAUCACCUUUGUGACUAAAUUAACAAUAUUAUAAAGAACUGCAGACAACGAGAAUGAAAAAAAAAAUUUAAAAAAAAAAAGAAAAAAGAAAAAGAACAGAAAACGGGUACAAAAUACGUUUCGAUAUCUAAUAACGAUAUCUGAUGAUGGACUGAUUCGAACGAUAAUUUUUUCGUAUUCUAUAGAAUAUUGUUAAUAAAUGUCACGAACGUGACAUGAGAGUGCAAAUUUAUAGAAAACUUCUCCUAGACGUGGCGACCUCUUCUGUUUCGUAUACGUCGUAUAUCUUGACGAUUUGUCUCGACUAAAAAUGAGUUUUGUAUUUGAAAUGGACAAACAUUUCUCGCGAGCACAGCAGCAGCGCUUUGAACGAAGAAAUAAAAAAGUAACGAAAAGAAAAGAAAAGGGGGAAAAAAGAAAAAAAAGAAAAUAAUAAUAAUAAUAAUAAUAAUAAUAAUAAUAAUAAUAAUAAUAAUAAUAAUAAUAAUAAUAAUAAAAUAUUAAUGAUAAUAAUAAUAAUAAUAAUAAUAAUAAUAAUAAUAAUAAUAAUAAUAAUAAUAAUAAUAAUAAUAAUAAUAAAGAUAAAAAUAAAAAUAAAAAUCUUUCAAUCUCCGGUCUGCCAAGAAAAAUCCAUUCACUCUUCCGAUAGCAAAUUUUACGUUUUCGAACUUGUAGAGAAAAAGAGGAAAACAAAAACCAAAAAAGAAAAAAGAAAGAAAACUGAACGAACGAACGAACGAAAUUAAUAAAAAGCAAAGAAAAAAAAAAGAGGGACUGCACGUUUUCGAUUCCGAAAUAGUCCGAUGAGAAAUCAAGUGUUUUGAGAAUGCGAUACGAUGAAAAGAGAAGAAAAAAGAAAAGCAAAGAAGAAAAAACAAUUAAUAAGAUAAGAAAAGAAAUGAAUGAAUUUUUUUUCUCGAUUUACGCUACACAUCGCCGUUUAAUUAUUCACAAUAUUAUACGUACUAUUUCUUACGAUCGACAAUCCUUCGACCAUCGGCCGAUGUUAACCCUUUGGUACCUUCGACGCGAUGGUCCCUUGUACAUGUGUAUAUUGGCGCCGCACCACGAAAAAUAUUGAAAGUUACAAAGAUUUUGUAUAUAUUAUUAAGCGUAGAGACCUAACGAUGUUUUGUAUUGAUCUUUGCCAAAACUUAAAAGGUAGACUAUUAUAUACAUAGACGAUAUAUUAUAACGUUGGAUCUUAUGUAAAUCUUUUGUAUAGUGUAAAAUCAUGGAUGGUGAUGUUAAAGAAUGAAUGCUUAAGAUUGAAAGAAAGGAAGGAAGGAAGAAAGAAAGAAAGAAAGAAUUACACGAGAACGAGCGAGAUAAGAGAAUGAUAAGUAAACAAAGUAAAAAAAAAAAAAAAAACAAAAUAAAAAAUCAGAUUAGGAAGAAUAAAGAAGAAAAGAAAAGAAAAGUCGAAUGAGAGAGUCGAUUAUUAUAUAUACGCGAAAUAAUUUUAUAUAUUUAAGAAGAUAUAUAUAUAUAUAUAUGUAUGUAUGUAUGUAUGUAUGUAUAUAUAUCGACGACGGACCUAUACACACAGACACAAACACACACACAUAAAUUUGUACAUAUACACGAGAUCAAUCUGUCCCCUCCCCCACCUUUUUGAGCGAAUAAUUAAAAAAAAAUAAAUAAAUAAAAGAAAAAGAAAAAACAAGAAAGAAAAAAGAGAGAGAGAGAGAGAGAAAGAAAGAGACACACGCACACGCACACACACACAUAUUCAGGGGGGGAGGUAAAUACAUCGUCGAAAAUCACAAAAGUUUCGAAACCAUGGAAUAAAACGUAAGUGGUCAACGAUGCAUGUUCAUCCUUCCCAUCGACAUCUAUAGACGUAUUAUCUGUAGAAAUUUAGAAAACGCGAAUAUUUCUGAACGCGCUGGAAAACAAAGAUCGAAGGAAAAAUAAUUAAAAAAAAAAAAGAAUGAAAGCAAGAAAGAAAGAAAAUAGUUUUAAAAAGGUAUUUGCGUAAUGUCCUUAAACAAAAAUCAAGGAUCGAUUAAAAACCAUCAUCACUAUCAUCCCCACCACCCUCGUACUUAGAUGUAUAUAUGUAUAUAUAUAUGUAUAUAUAUAUAAAGGUGUAUAUAUAUAUAUAUAUAUAUAUAUAUAUAUAUAUAUAUAUAUAUAUAUAUAUAUAUAUAUAUACACACAUCACAAUCGACACGAGUUACUUCUACGAUUUUGAAGAUUGAUUUAUUAGCACGCAAGCUGCAAUUGCGAUUGCGAUUGGGAUUGCGAUUGCGUGCAUCAAUACCGAGAGCGCAAUAAAUCCUUUUACAUCUGGCUUGGACAAUGACGUGUACGGAUCACAGUUCGCAGUUUCGAGCUCCGUCGAAAGAGAUAUCGUAUUUUGAAAUCGUUUAAGAUCUCGAAUAAUUCGAGAAUUAUAUCAUGAAUAAAGGAGUUUCGCGAAACAAAAAAUCGCGAAAGAGUGAUCUAUACUCGUAACGAGAAGCUUACUCCAUAUAUCUCGUAUUAAAUAGUUCACUAUUUUCGUCGUUCACAUUUUCGUACGAGUAUAUAUAUGUGUGUAUAUGUAUAUAUGUGUAUAUAUAUAUAUAUACACACUCGGAAAAAAUAACGAAUAAACGAAAUAAAACGCAAAAGUAUUUACGAUGAAAAAUUUCGAAGCGGAUUUAUAGGACGAAUGAGAGAAAAGAGACAGAGAUAUUAGUGUUUAUCGUUGAUUAGAUAAGGAAUAGAAAGUUUGGACGUUUUUUAUAAUAAUCGAUAUAUGGAGAGUGGGUGUUAGAAGGGGGAGAAAACGGAUAGAAGAGAAUGACAGACAUAACGAACAAGUUGGCCGCCCGUGUGUAAGAGAGAAAAAGUAAAAAAUGCGAACGUUAUACUUAAUAAAAAGAAGAAAAAAAAAUAAAUAAAUAAAUAAAUAAAGAUAAAAAAAUAAUAAUAAUAAGAAUAAUAUUAAUAUUAAUAACAAACGAUCUAGUCCAAUUUAUUGUCGUCAAGUUGAAAGAAAACGAAGAGAUAGUGAAAUAAAAUGAAUGAAAUAGAGAAAGAGAUAUUAAUGAAGGAGGCAGACCGAUGUAUGUACAUAAAAGAUGAUAAUGAUGAUGACGAUGAUUAUGAUGAUGACAAUGAUGACGAUGAUGACGAUGAUAAUGAUGAUGAUGACGAUGAUGAUUAUGAUGAUAAUGAUAACAAUGAUGAUGAUUAUGAUGAUUAUGAUGAUGAUAAUGAUGAUGAUGAUGAUGAUGAUAAUAAAGAAUUAAAGAAAAGAAAAGAAAAAUCAACGAGUAAUCACGAACGAUUUCGACGUAGCGAUGAUUCGUGGUCGCGCGCGUCAACCGCUAACUUUAUACGAGCUCAUUUUGUAUUUAUUGAUUGAUCGCAACGUCGACCGAAGCUCGCUCGCGAUUUUCAUAUAAUUCUUUACAAUGUCGCUCGGUUCUCGUAUGAUUUCCAACGAUACGUCUUAAUUUAUUGACUGUGAAUAGAAAUAAACGAUGGAAGAAUCAAGCGAUAUAUAUAUAUAUAUUCAUAUAUAUAUACAUAUAUAUAUAUAUAUAUUCAUAUAUAUAUAUACAUAUAUAUAUAUUUGUCAUUUUUUUCUUUUUUUUUUCUUUUUUUUUCUUUUUUUUUUGUUUUUUCCUUUUAUAUCCAUUAAUUCGUUCAUUCAAUCAUUCAUCCAUUCAUUCAUCCAAUCAAUCAAUCAAUCAAUCAAUCAUUCAUUCAUUCAUUCAUUCAUUCAUUCAUUCAUUCAUUCAUUCAAUCAUAUUUUUCAUUGACCUUCCCCCAUUUUCACGAUCCUAUAUCUAAAUAUUUUUAGUGAUAUCGAUGAUAGGAUGGGGUCUGUGAAUAGAAAUAAAUGCUAAAAGAAUCAAA